GGCAUGAUCUUUUCAAUAUACGCGCCUAUUAUGGUGGACAUGAAGUACAUACUAAACACAUCGCUCGAUUGGGUCUCACUGUUUACCACGUUUGAAACGGCCGGCUUUUUUCUCGGCACAUUUGUUGGUCUACUCUACAAAUACGUGAACAGACAGCUGACAAUGGCGUUGACAUUCAUACUGAUGACAGUGGCGUCGGCGGUCAUACCCUUGUAUCCCAACCUAUGGGUAUUAUAUUUGGGUGCGUUUAUGAUCGGGAUCGGGUCGAGCUGUUACGUGGCCGCCAGCACCGUAUGGAUCAUCGAGCUCUGGAGGGGUCGACCCAUACCUAUACUGCAGAUAUUUGAGUUCUGGUUUGGCAUCGGAGAGAUAUUGACUACAGUGGCCCUCAAACCCUAUGUCGUCGGCGAGACUACGGCCACAAUCAAUCAGACAUAUGCCGGGCACGUGGAGCCUAAACAGACCAUGCUCAACUCGCAAUACUACUCGGAAACAGUCGUGGUGAAUAGGAGAGCCCGACUAAUGAUACCAACCCUGGUAAUUGGCGCCAGCAUUUUAGCAAUACCCAUAUCGCUGGUGGUACUGUAUUUUGUACGUCCGUACAAAACUCCCACCAACGUGAUUAAAGGGGAUGAAAGCUCAGUCGACAACAACAAUAAACAUGAUAACAAUAACGUGUCCAAUGAGUCGCAACAUAUGGUCAAACUAUUUGACCGAAAGGAUACGCCCAGGCGUUUGGCGCGACUGUGUUUUGCGCUUUGGUUUUCAAUACACUUGUCAUUUGAAAUGGUUUUUCUCAAAUUUUGUGUCGCCUAUUUCCAGUACUCACCCCUACACGUGCCCGUAGAGACCGGUACGCAGAUACUGUCCACCGGGGUUACCGUGUAUACCGUGGGUCUAGCGUUGAACAUAUUCUACGUGUAUAAAUUCAACCUGAACUACGUGCUGGCCCUACACUACCUGUGCGUUAUAGUGGGCGCUAUAUUACUUGUGCCGGCCCAACACUCGCUACCCUGCCUAUGGGCGGCCAGCAUAAUGCUAUUGUACGGCUUUUCGGCCAUGUUCGCCGGUAUUGUCACGUUCACCGAGCGUUAUUUGAAUAUGACCAACCAGUUGAGCACAUUAUUCAUGAUGAUCCGUAGCGUAUUGAACCUGGUCACUCCCAUCGUGUUGGAGGCAUUUGGGAACUUUUCCGUCGACACCAAUGUUCACGAAAUUGCGUUAUUUAUGUGCGAACCGUCGGACGCGGACACUAAUGUCGGGGCAGUAGUCGACUGUAGAAACCCAGCCAAACAGCCGCCGGGCUUUCAACGCUGUUAUAAGCCAUACAUAUUCAUGAAGAUCAUGUCCGCAAUGGGACCGGUAUGGCAACUGCCACCUGACACGGCCCUACCGUUGGGCACACCCGAGACCCGCGUACUACACGUGCUGACCAUCUUUCAUCACACAGGCCCUCAGCUAUAUGACCGACCCUUGGAGUGGACGGUCCGGUUGUGGCACUCGGACCCCAUUCGGCCCAAAGAGAUGCAAUUGUUGCCAAUUGGUCUCAAUCCGAGCGCCGGCGCUGUCAUUCCGGCCGGUCGUAAACGAUUCGUCAAUGUUGGUCACUGUAGCAACCAGUGUUUCAAAGAGGAAAUGUCCAGUAUUUACGAAAUACAUAACGUUAAGGACAUUCACUUAUUGCGGCCAAAAGUAUUGGCUCGGGAGGUGUUCAUCGGACCCGACGAUACGUUGUCUGUCGAGUGCACGUAUGACAGCACCAGAGAUAAUAGGAAUUAUACUAUAUUACAUAUGUUCCGGAAUGAUAACGAUGAAAUGUGUAACGCAUUUAUAUACAAAUACCCGCCAAACAACAAAAUCAACAUGUGCCUAUCCGCGUUUGGCCAAGACUUUCUAUCACAAGUCACCGGGUUUGAUGAAUGUUCCAAGUUAGUUUUGGCGUUAGUAGUAAAAACAGGCGACACUAAGGAAAUCACUUCGCGAUUUCCUUGUGUCUCCUGUUCGGUUUAA